UAAUAUUUUGUAUUUACUAACAUUCUUUCACAUUGCACAUUCUUUUGCAAAAUAAGUCUAAUUACAAUUCAAUUAACAUUGCAAUCAAAUCAAUUUAUAGUUUGCCAUUAUCAUACUUUACGUGAUACAUGCAUUAAAACAAAACAAACCUCAUACUUGCAUGCAAUGGCUUCUUCAAAUUUAAAUAAGUUUCUUUAAAAUUUGUCAACACUUGAACUUCGCUAAAUAAUUAAUUGUACGAUGGAGGACAACAAAAGGACAAUGUUGCUUGACCUCCCACCAUGUCAGGAGACAGAGUGGAAAUUAUUAAACUAUUUAACAACCUGUAAAAAGUGUUGGACUUGUUUGGGUGAAAAUAAUACAAUAAAUAAUAUAAAUCUGACCGAUGAUAACCCCACCUCCACCCCGGAUGAUAAGGUGCACGCCAGAAUGGAACGCUUGUUACGGAGGGAACCCUCUUUUCGACAUAUUCUCCUCCUCCUUACGACAAGAAAAAGGAACAAAUUUCAUCUCGGGGUGGACAACUUUUACAAAAAUUGCUGCGCCUCGUGUACAGAAAUAUUUCAGAAUUUGGCCGUCCUCGAGGAACAAGUGGAACAGGUGGAGGCCAAGAUUUGUACAAAUUUCGCCCUGGUAUUGGACAGAAGAAAGUCGUCACCGUUGCAAAAAGAAGUCAAAGUGGAGGAGGAAAGAAUUGAUGAGAAAGUCACCAAAACGGAGGACGUAAAGUGGAUGAGUGGACAGGGAGAAAAUGUGGACAACGAUAAGCUUCUAGGCGAUGAGCAGAAUAUUUUGAUGGACGGAAUUGUGGAAACUAAUAAUGCAAAGGUGGAUGAACAGGUCAUCAUUAAAGACGAGCCAAUGUCCGACUUGGAAGAAUUUGUGCUGGGUCUUGGCCUUGGAGAUGACGACGAGAUGGAGUCGGGCGACGAAUCAGGACCGGAAAUCGAACCAGAUCCCGACUCUGAUUUUAAUCUUGAAAAUAAUGACGAUGGUGAUAAUAAUUCCUCAUCGGACGAUAAUAUUGACGGCAACGACCCAGAUUUUUCCUCCAAACCGCCAAGAAAACCUCGUCGUCGCGCAACCUCCUCCACACGAAAACGUCGCCAAAACCGCCCCUACCCUACCAUUCAAGACCCGGGCAACAUUAUCUGUCCAGAUUGUCCCCUUCCCACCGACGAAGCCACCCCACCUCGCCGAUUCGAGACAAUGCGACGGUGGAAAUACCACUACGAUUUCCACCACCUCGGUAUCCCCACGCCAAAACCGCACUCCUGCCCCCACUGCGAUCAAACCUUCCAACGGAAAUAUCAACUCCUUCGUCACAUCUUUAAACUCCAUCCGGGUCAAUUACCCCCCGACCAGGAUCCCGCUGUUUUUCUCCCCCGCAGAAAAGAAUUCCCCUGCUCAGCCUGCGGGAAGGUGCUCUCCUCCAAACUCGCCCUUACUGGUCAUGAACUUCUCGUCUGUCACGUCCCCCUCGAUAAGUCCUCCCUUCCCUGCAAGAUUAACAUCUACGCGUGCGAAGUGGAGGGAUGCAACGCCCAAUUUUAUACCAAGAAAGGUCUCGGUCGCCACAUUGUGACACACACGGGUGCCCAAUCCUACUCGUGCGAGAGGUGCGGAGCUACCUUCACGCGUCCCGACUCCUUAAAAGGACAUGUCAACUAUGCAUGCAAAUUUGGAGCGAAAAUGGCUCGAAAAUCUCGCAAGAGGAAAAAGACCACCAGCACCAUGACGUCACCGCCACCUCCCCCGCCGCCGUCCGUCUCGUUUCCAUGUCCACAUUGCCACCGCGUCUUCAAAGUUCGAUCUGCCCACGAGAAACAUAUGCAGACUUGCUUAACUCCAAAACCUGCCGGUGUCCCGGCCGAGAAACCGAGAGGAAUUUGUGACAUUUGCGGAAAGUCGAUGCUCCUCGUAGAGGUCCCGAUUCACAAGAGAAGAGUGCACGAAGGAGAGAAGCCGCAUGUUUGCAAAUACUGCGGAAAACGCUUCUUCCACCCGAAUAAUUUAAAAUCGCAUGCAAAACAUGUCCAUGAAGAGAAGGGGCAGCCGAGAGAGAGGAAAUUUGUAUGUGAAUAUUGCGGAAAGGCGUUUUCUGGAUCGGGGAAUUUGUACGAUCAUAAGAAUCGCGUACAUUUUAGGAUGCAUCGAUUCGCGUGUAAUUUCUGUGGGAUGAAAUUUUGUCACAAGAACGAUAUCAGGAAACAUUUCAAAGGGCAUGAGAACAAGGGCGAGGCGAGGAUGGAGUUUGACCAGUAUUUAGCACUUUCCACCCUUCCGGAGAAAACGAGAGGGUUUACUCAAGAUGCUGUAGCCAUUUUACCAAAAUAAUUGUGUAUUUUAUUAAGACAAUAGCCAAUUUAUGUACUUAUACAUAAAUUGUGAAAUAAAGUUUCAUGAAAAAAGUUA